AUGGCAGCAGCUAAAUACCACUCUGCAACUCCCCCAUUCCCUAGGUAUAAAGAAAUCUUCACCUCCACGACCAGUAGGAGAAUUGGGGGCUGUAGAGUAAAUGUAUAUAAAGCAAAGUUGUCAGAGUCAAAUGCUAAGAAAGCAAAUCUUUCUGCAAGAAAGAAGGAAAGGAUAAGGCUUCCAAAUUAUGGUGAUGAUGGCAGUGGAGGCAAGAAUAUUCAUCAUAUAAGUGAAUUUCUUUGUCAUCCAUGUGGGAUUGAAUCUAUCUUGAACACAAGGGCUUUGCAAAGUUAUCAUUCCCUUGAUUCUAAUGUUUACAGGUGUACUCUACCACAGCUUCAACUUCUCAGUUUUGAGGUAGCGCCAGUGUUGGACUUAAGGGUUACACCAAGUACUGAAGAUUGUGUAGUUCAGAUGUUGUCUUGCAAGUUUGAGGGUUCCGAAGUAGUGGAACGGCAGAAUGAACACUUUUCAGCUUCAAUGAGAAACCGUAUAACAUGGGAAACUAUUGAUUCUGAACCAUUUUUGAAUGUCGAUGUGAAGUUAGAUCUCAUCCUUGAGAUUUACACCCAGCCAUUCACCUUUCUGCCAAUAUCAUCUGUCGAGGCUCCAGGGAAUAUAAUGAUGCAGGCUCUAGUGGACAGGUUGGUACCGCUACUCGUACAACAGCUGCUGCAAGAUUAUGAAAAAUGGAAAGUCGUGCUUCUACAUGAAAACCACAUUUACUUCCUUGGGUUGGAGUUAAGAAUGUGCUUUCUUAACGGUGAGGAGCAGAAGUUCAGCUUGCCAUCGGUCCAGGAUUCUCGUUGUCUGAUAUGUGUGUAA